UGACUUCAGCAGCCAUAGUCAUUAGGCGGGUGUUCGCGUGCCACUUCAGAAGACGAAUACGAACGAAUAAGCUCCUGAACCUGUCGUCAACACUGCCCAGCACACCAGCUCCAGCCAUUGCUUGUAACAUCUAGCGGUGUCUGGACAACGUGGAUUUUAUUAUCAUCAGUGCCGUAAGCAAUGACAUUGCAGAAUUUGCCGCGGAGCUCGCUCACGUCGAGGCCUGUCAUAGACAUGAUCCUGCGAUGCCUCGCGUACCCGCUGCUUUCCCACGCACUGACCCGCUCAUCGUCUUCUGCUGUCUUAAUUUUCGAGACGCCUCAAGACCUGACCGACGCAUCGUCUUCUGCUUCCCUAAUCUCCGCAACAACAAUAAGGGACGAUCGGCGAAAUGCGCGUAAUUCCAGUGGAAUCAAUGAUCGCGAUCAGAGACUAGCCCCGUGUGCGCCACGUGGCGCAAUCGCAGCAUGCCAGGCCGCUCCUAUUACUGAAAUACUUAGCGAUGGAGGAGCACCCGGCGAGCCGAGAGGUGAAACCCACCAAGUCGAAGCAUCACCAUUUGAAACUAUUUUGCGCGAGCCAAUAGCAUUGGCGAGGCGUGCUCUUGGCGCGGAAACUUCUGUCGCAAAUCUGCCUACUCAGUGGUUCUCGGCUGCCGAACCUGUGACCAAAAGUUUGAGAGAAAUGUGCCACCUCCACCACCAACAGCAACACCACCACCACCAAUUCCAUCAAUGUCGGCAUUACCACCAACGCCAGGGCUCAAGGCUGCUGGCAGCAGCAGCAGCACCACCAACAGCAGCAGCAGCACCAGCACCAGCAGCAACAGCACCGACAACAGCAGGGGUUUCCGGAAUUCGGCACUUUUCGCUGCCGUACCCGCGCGGCCCUGGCGGCUGGUCGCAGAAUAAAGCGGCGGCGUCCGGCAAGGCGUCGUUCUACGACGUGACGGUGGAGCGAUACGCGGCGCUGCCCAUGACGGCCAUGACCAUGCAACACAUGAUGCAAUUCGGCGAGCACGUUCUCAAGGACCCCUCCUACCUGCUGCGACAAGCAAGGUUUGUGCACCGCGAGCUGCCGAUCCGCCUGGCGAAGCGCCUCAUGGAUCUGCAGUUUCUGCCCUACAUUGUCGUCACCAACCCGCACAUCAAGCAGGUCUAUGACUCUUACCGCAGGGCGCUUGACCUGCUCGUGGCAUUGCCUGAGGUGCGCACGCAAGAAGACAACGAGAAAUUCACAGAGCUUCUGGCGCUGUUGGUAGAGGAACACACCCCUCUCAUUGGUGUGCUGGCACGUGGAGUGAGGGAGUGCUCCAUUCGGCCUCUGGUGGGGCGAGAGCUCAACCUCGAUGGCUUCCUGGACAACAUGUUGCGAUCGCGCAUCAGUCGGAGAGUAGUGGCAGAGCAGCACAUUGCACUGCAGCAGAAGAGACCAGGGUUCAUCGGGGUCAUCUGCACCAAUAUGUCAGUGCGAGAGGUGGUGGAAGACGCAGUAGAGGAGGCAACGGACAUGUGCACGCGGACGUUUGGCUGCUGCCCUGAGUUCGUGCUAACAGGCGACCUCAGCACCACAUUUGCUUACAUCCCCUCGCAUCUGCACUACAUGCUGUUUGAGAUACUCAAGAACGCGUCACGGGCGAUAGUGGAACACCACACAAACCAGUCAGGGGAUCCGGUGUUUUCUUCAGCCAGCUUCCCCCCCGUUGUAGUCACGGUCUGCUCUGGAUCAAACGAAGUUACCAUCAAGGUCUCUGAUCUCGGAGGGGGCAUUCCCGAGAAGCUCCAAGCCAAGGUGUGGCGCUAUGGCUACUCUUCAGUGGAGGGCGACGUCACCACCUCCAGCACGUUGCGAUCAGCAGCCGGGGGCCCAGUUGACUCUCAAGGCACCCCCAUGGCCGGGCUCGGGUUUGGGCUGCCUUACUCCCGCUUGCUCGCACAGUACCUGGGCGGCAACAUCGAGAUGGUCAGCAUUCCUGGAUAUGGCUCGGAUGUGUACGUGAGGGUGCGGCGGGUGGUUGACCAAACAGAAGCAGUGGAGAUCUGAGUACACAGUUUAGUUACAUGCCAACGCCCAUCUCAGUUGCUCUAAUCUUCCUAUUCUCGUUGGGUGUUGUCCAAUGAUGGUGCAUCCAGACGAAGACAUGGAACGGCAUGCAUAUGUGCAUGCACAAUGAUUGUGAAGUACCAAUGCACCGAUUAUUUCAGGAUACGAAUUAACUGUCCCCAAAAUUGUUUGACCACAAACAAAUCGGAUCGGGCUCCAGCUACCCUGAUAUUUCUGUUGACAC